AUGGUCGUAACUACGACUAAGAAGCCCGUCACUGGGGCUGCUGCAAAGAAAUCUAAAGCCUUGGAUUCCAUUAAUAGUCGUCUUGCGCUUGUCAUGAAAAGCGGUAAAUGUGCCAUUGGUCUCCGCCAGACAUUGCGGCUUGUCCGUCGCGGAGGAGCCCGGCUUAUCAUCAUAGCAAAUAAUGCCCCUCCACUAAGGAAAACUGAAAUCGAGUACUACGCCAUGCUUUCCAAGACCGGCGUUCACCACUACAAUGGAUCUAACCGCGAUUUAGGAACGGCCUGCGGGAAAUACUUCCGCGUCAGCACUCUUGCUAUCGAAGAUCCUGGUGACUCGGAUAUCAUACGGAACGUCCCACAUGACAUCGAAGCGAAAUAA